GAUGUCUUGAAACAAACAUGAUUGGUCACUAUAUCAACAAAAAUAUUGGUUCUAAAACAAAUGAUGCAACCAACAAUAUUAUGAUGACGAUACUUUAUAAUACAUGUUUACUUGCUUUCUUUUGUCGAUUUAUAUUGCUUGGAUACGGACGUCCUGCUAACCACAUACAUAUAUCAUAUUUUUCAACUGUUUCUGUGUAUUAUUUUGUUUUGAAAAGUUUUAUUUGUCGGAUAUCGAGGAUUUUCUAGUGGUCGAAAGUGCGAUGCUUGGAGUUCCGGGUUGGACAAACUCACAAACUUCUAAAUGCCCAAAAACAAUGCACAUCUACAUCCUACUGUUAACAGUAGCAGUAGCCACAGCCGCUGAGAAUCAGUCAGAUCUCAUCGUGUGUGAUGGAGUCAUCUUCCACAACGUCUACUUCGAUAGGGAACUGCUGUUUAAGGAUCUUGGCAGGCCAUACAAUCUGGUUAUGCAUAAAUUUUCAGGCAUCCUCUUCUUCAGCCAUACAAUCCAAAAUGGUACCCAAGUGGACUUCGGUAUCAGGGCAUGUCACCUCGAGAAAAGGACAUGCAGAGAGAUCCUAGGCGUACCCGGGGGAUACGCCAUAGCUUACGACGCAGGCAACGACGACAUAUACUUCGGCGGCCAUGAUGGCAUAUACAAAUACAACUUCCUAACAAAAUCCGCCGAAUUCUUCGCCGAAGAAGGAAAGUCAAUCUGGGGCCUGUUUGUCCGUCGAAACUUCUACUACAUAGAGUACCCUACGCAGAAACUUUAUGUCUAUCAAGACGACAGUUUCGUUCAAGUAGCCGAAGCUAUUAAUAUAGAGGUUGACCAUUUCUUUGUGUCCAAACAUAUAGAUGUUUACUUCUCAAACAAGACGGCUUUGUAUAAAGUAGAGAGGCCGAACAACGAAGCUAUCGUACUCAAUGAUGAGAUAGUAAUCAGACAGAUUGUAGAAGACAGCUAUGGUGACGUAUUCUUCUGUGCUGGUGAUGGAAUAUAUCUAGAAGACAAACCCUAUCAUAAAGUCAAGAAAGUUGCGGAAAUCGAACAAGCCUUUGGCAUGACUUUUGACGAUAAAGAUCAUAUAAUUUAUUCCGAUAAAGACAAGAUUUAUAGGUUGAUUCCAAGUAAAUAUAGUGGGUUGUGUUUAAAUGCUAUAAUCAAUUCUGAAGAUAAAGACAGGGGCGAUAUAGUAAAGAAGAUGGUCAUUAGUUAAAUUAGGAUUUUAAUGGUACUGGUUAAAAUUGAAACAAAUCGAAGAAAAAGUGAACUAAUGGAUAUGAGUAAUGUUGGAAUCGACUCUUUACUUUCUUUCAUAAUUUUCGCAAAAAGUGUUGAUAAAAGAGGUUGAGUUGAACAAGUAUGAGAUAUAAUAUUUGUAUAGCUGUAAAAUACUGUAAAAUUUUGUAAAUAUCUUACCAUAAGCUUAGUACUAAAAUAAUGUAGAAUGUUUGCUUAAUUUAAAGAUAAUAAGAUCUUAGAAAAUGUAACAACAACUUGGGAAUAAAAUCAUUGUUUUGAGAAGAUUUGCUUUAUUAUGUAAUGCAGUGGGAAAGAAUUUGACAAUAGUUAACGUUGACGGAGUGAAAGCAAAAUAUAAUCUAAAGUA